AUGGAGGGAUAUGCAUAUGAAUAUAGCCAUGAUAGUUCAAUGGAUUCUAUUACAUUUUCGGAUACAGAAUAUCCAAGAAACUCCUAUGAAAACAAAAAUCCCAAGGAAAGAGGAAUAAGCAAGGAUAAGCUAAUUAAAAAUACUAUUGUUGAUCAUGUUUUAACUCAAGAAUCAGAAUUUGAUAUUGAUGACAAUUUAUUAUACAGUGAUGAUGAGUAUGACGAAGACUAUGAUGACCCAUAUAUGAAUAGUUCAUUUAUAGAACCUAUUUCGACCAUCAAGGAAAGAAAGGGCUUAAGCAAAGGUAGUGUACCCAAUUUGAAAUAUGAAUGUUUGACCACUCAAAACAUAUUUGAGAAUAUGCUGGCAAAGGUGCACCAUUUACAACCUAUUUUUAAUAUCCCACCAGAAGAUAUUUUAAUUCUUUUACAACAUUAUGAUUGGAAUGAAGAACGAUUAUUGGAAGUUUGGACUGACAGAAUGGACGAUUUAUUAAUAGAGAUUGGCAUUAAUCCAAGUAGCGGUAAUAUUAGUAGUUCCAUCAAUGGUAACGGUCAAAUGCGGUCAAUAUCAGACAUUAUAGAGAAUAAAAAUUCAUAUUGUAAUAAUCAAACUGAAACAAAUAAAGACGAAAAUGAAGAAUAUCAGAUACCCAACACCAGAACUAGAGACAUUUCCUUUAAAAAUAAUUUCUUUUGUACGAUCUGUUGCGAGGAAAAAUCCACUGAGACAUUUUCAUUAGAAUGUAACCAUGAGUAUUGCAUAAGUUGUUAUCGUCAUUAUAUCGAGGACAAAUUAUAUACUGGAAAUAUUAUAAAUUGUAUGGGAUGUACUUUAGCCUUAAAAAACGAUGAUAUUGAUAAGAUUAUGGGACAUCCUUCAAGUACAAAACUAAUGUUAUCAUCAAUUAAAAGUUUUGUUUCCAAACAUAAUCGUAAUUAUAAAUGGUGCCCAUUUGCUGAUUGUAAUUGUAUUAUUCAUUUAAAAGAUACUUCAUCGCUACCUGAAUAUUCAAGAUUGCACUAUUCUCCAUUUGUCAAAUGUAUUAAUUUACAUAAAUUUUGUUUUACAUGUGGUUUCGAAAUACAUGCCCCUGCAGAUUGUAUUAUUACUAAUGAAUGGGUUAAAAAGGCCAGAGUAGAAUCAGAGAAUUUAAAUUGGGUCCUUUCUCAUACUAAAGAAUGUCCGAAAUGUUCUGUUAAUAUUGAAAAAGAUGGUGGUUGCAAUCAUAUGGUUUGCUCCAGUUGUAAAUACGAAUUUUGUUGGAUCUGUGAGGGCGAUUGGGCACCACAUGGUAAUAGUUUUUAUCAAUGCACACUAUAUAAGAAUGACGAUAAUAAUAAUAAUAACAAUAAUAGCACUAAUACUAAUUCAAUUACAGAUGUUAAUAAGUCAUUAAAGAAGUAUACAUUUUAUUAUAAAAUGUUUAACGAACACGAGGUAUCUGCCAAAUUAGAUUGGAAAUUGGGGCAAAAUGUGGGGAAUAAAGUUAAAGAGUUACAAGAGAAACUAGGUAUUUCAUGGAUUGAAGGUCAAUUUUUGACAGAUAGUAUAAGGAUGUUAAACGAAGGCAGAACUGCAUUGAAAUGGUCAUUUGCAGUGGCAUUUUAUUCAGAUGCAUCACAUAAUUUAACAAAAAUUUUUAUAGAUAACCAAAGUCUUUUAUCAAAGGCUGUAGAAGAUUUAUCUGAGUUGUUACAAAUUAAAGAUCCUGAGAUAAUAAUGAAAAGAAAAACAGAUUUUUAUAAUAAAACGGGAUAUGUAGAAAAUAGAACUUUUGCAUUGAUGGAGUGUGGUAGAGACUUAUUAUGCAAAGGUAUAUGCAAAGCGAACUGA